AUGAGACACAUUUGCAACACUCUUUUCAAGGAGGAAUGGCACAAGACUAUAGCUUGCAACACUUUUUCGAGGAGGAAUGACGUAAGGCUACAGCUUCUAGAGAACAAGCUGUUAUCUGUUGCACAAUGUGACAUGACGAUUGCUCAAUAUUUUCAAAAGGUAAAGUCGAUAUGCAGUGAAAUUUCUGAAUUAGAUCCUACUUUUGCUACAAGGAUAAAAAGAAUAAUUAUCCAUGGUCUGAGACCCGAAUACCAAGACUUCGUUGCCGUUGUUCAAGGAUGGCCGAGUCAACCAUUACUUGUUGCAUUUGAAAAUUUGCUUGCCGACCAAGAAGCUAUGGCUAAGCAAAUGAGAGGGGUCCCACCAAAAGGGGAGGAGGAAACGCUCUACACCAACAAAAGUAAAGGUAGCUUUAAGCAACACGUCAGUGGUGGAUCUAAAAGAAAUGGUGGCAUGGUGAAUGGUCAUCAAGGAGAAGGAAGUUCUAGGCCAAGGGGAGCUCCAAAGUAUCACAAAUGUGGUCAGUCCAAAAAUAAUAAAAGAUUUGAGAGUAAAUGCUACAACUGUGGAAAGAAAGGCCACAUGGCGAAAGAUUGUUUGGUCAAACAAAAGGCCCGUCAAGAGUAA